AUGUCAAAUGUCGAAAGGAAGGAAGAACCAAUGGAAGAGGAAAUAUCCUUGUUUGAUGCCAUCGGAAAUGGAGACUUGAAAAAAGUUCAAUCCAUAAAGGAUAUCAAGUUGUUUCUUUAUGUCAAUAAGGGACUUGGAUCACCUCUAUUUGCUGCGUGUUCAACUGAACGCACUGAAAUUGUCAAGCUAUUACUCUCCACAAAAGGAGUUGAAGUCAAUUAUGGAUAUUUGAAGAGUGCACUGUAUGGAGCUUGUGAGACUGGUAAUUUGGAAAUUGUAAAAAUGUUACUUGAAAUUCCUGGAAUUAGUUUGAAUAAGGGAUCUGCUCUUUCGCGAGCUUGUAUGUUUGGUCACCUGGAAAUUGUUAAAAUUCUCAUGGAAAUGCCUUCAAUUGAUGUCAAUAAGGAUGUAAGUAAAUUUAACAAGUUCAGUAAGAUGUGGAAAUGA